GGAGGCUGAGGAGACGACUUCACAAACCGGUUAACGGAGAGGACGACAGACACGGACCAGCGAGUCUGCAGGCGGGCGACCCCUUUUCUGCAGCGCUCCUAACUUCAACCGCUUGUAAUAAUGGAGACGUGCGACGCAGUGGAGAAAACCAUCACAGACUUUUCAGGAAAAUGGAAAAUGAAGUCUUCUGAAAACUUUGAGGAACUUUUGAAAGCACUGGGUGUGAACGUGUUCUUGAGGAAGAUCGCUGUGACGGCGGCGUCCAGCCCGGCGGUGGAAAUCUCCCAGCAGGAGGAGAGUCUGUCCAUCAAGACGUCCACCAGCGUCCGCACCACCCAUGUUUCCUUCACCGUGGGUCAGUCCUUCAAUGAGACCACAGUGGACGGACGCCCCUGCACGAGUUUUCCAAAGUGGGAGACAGACAGCAAGAUCAGCUGCGAACAGACUUUACAAAAAGGCGAAGGACCCAAAACUUCAUGGACUCGAGAGCUGACCAAUGACGGAGAACUGAUUCUGACAAUGACCGCAGGGGACGUUGUCUGCACCAGAGUUUAUGAGAGGGAAUGAGGAAAUUACAGAAAUAUGUUACACAAUACUCCAGUUUUGUGCCUCAUGCAUGGUUUACAUUUACUCACCUUGUUUUCCUUUUCGUUCUCCCAGGCAGUCAUGUGUUGGUCAGAUCCUACUCAAAUUUUGCACUGACCAGAAAAAAAAAAGCAUUUUAUUUGAGUGUGUGCCUUUACAAUAAUUUCCAGAGGUGGAAGAAGUCCUCAGAUCCUUUACAUAUGAAUGCAUGGAAAUACCGCUGUGUAGAAAUACUCUGUUAUUAGUUUAAGUUCUAAAUUCAAAAGAACGUACUGAUAAAUUAACAGCAAAAUUGUUUUUUUUUUCUUAUAGAAUAUUAUAUUAUUCCUAUAGAGUAGAAUUUAGAACAAGCAAAUAGACUUAAGAGAAUUUCAGUGUUGCUGUUCAACAGUUUUAAUUGUUUUACUUCCAAUUGAUUAAUUCUAUACAAUUAAAAGUAACAAGUAAAUAUAAGUAUCAAAGCACAGAAAAAAGCAUGUAGGGGUACAAUGUAACAAAGAAAACAAAAAAAAAAAACUAAACAGAAGUACUUAAGUAGAGUAUUAAGUGCAGUAAUUGGUUAAAUAUACAGUUAGAGUUGGGUGGUACGGUCAAAAAUGUUCUCAUGAUUGAAGGUUUUCAUACUAAUUGAUAUUGGGAGUCAUCACAAUACUUGUCAAAUCAUUAUUUUUCUCAAGUUUAUCGGCUGAUUUCACUGGUUUACAGUUGUUUGGAAAUGAUCAACUUCACUGAUAAAAUAUGUUAAAUCUUAUAACACCAAAAUGAAAUCAAAACAUGAUUUUUUUGUUUGUUUUUUACAUAUACACAUAAGUUUAUAUACAUUUAUAUGAUAGAUUCAGGUCUUACACUAGAAGAAAUCUAAAAAGUUAAUGCAUUCUAAUGUACAGACAGUGUUUUGAGGUACAACUUGUAUCUCAGAGGUAAACGUUCCUUUGGAAUCAUACAUAUUUUCUCAUUAAUGCAUAGAAUUCCAAGUUUUGACCAAAUACUGUAACAUGAACACACAUAGUCAAAUGCCACUUUUGACUUAUUUCUUUUCUUUAUUUAUGAGCCAAAUUCAGUCAAGUUUAUUUACUUGUAUUCUAGAAGCACCUAGCCUGCAGAACCGUUGGUCCUGAGUGCAAAAAACUUUUUUUAAUGCUCCAAAAUUUGGUGUUAAACCACUCAAAGCGAGUAAAAUGAUAAAAUGUUUGAACACGGUGAAAGCAAACAUGAGUACAUACUGAAAAAAUGUGUGUUUUAUUUGAUAAUGCAUGCAACUUAAACCAUACAGACAACAAAUAUGAUAACUGUCAUGAACUUUAUCAUGUCUACAAAGGAAAUUAUCACAAUAUCACAAGUAGCC